AUGGAUGUGCUCCCAGCUCAGCAAAAAUUCUUCAUAUCGGAGAAGAUCCCGGUCAUUUCAAAGUCAGCCCCCAGCCAAUUAGUCGAUCUCGCAAUCGAAAGCCAAAUCUCCCGCAUAACAAAGCAAACAGUUCUGGGUGGAGAUGAAUCGUUCUUCGUUGCGGAUUUGGGUCAGGUUACCCAGCAACAUCGAAGAUGGCUGAGAUGUCUCCCCGGAGUGCAACCAUAUUACGCGGUAAAAUGCAACUCCGAUCCGACUCUACUGAAGUUUCUCGCGAAUCUUGGCACCGGCUUUGACUGCGCUUCUGUGGAGGAAAUGCGCGCCGUUCUAAAUCUGGGAGUAGAUCCAACCCGAAUCAUCUUCGCCAACCCGUGCAAGUCACCAGCUUCUUUGACAUUCGCACGCUCAACAGGCAUCUUUUGCACAACAUUUGAUAACAUCGACGAGUUAGAUUCUAUUAAAAAGCACAUGCCCGAGUCACAGCUCAUUCUUCGCAUUUAUGCAAACGACGACAGUGCUUUGAUUUCGUUCGGCGAGAAGUUUGGUGCCCAGUUGGAUACCACGGCCUCACUGUUGUCUCGAGCGUGGGAGCUAGGACUUGAAGUUAUCGGGGUGAGCUUCCAUGUCGGAACUGGAGCAAAAAACCCGAAUGCCUUUUGCAGGGCCAUUAGAGAUGCUAGUAUUGCCUUCUCGGAAGCAGAGAGACUUGGGUUCAAACCUACUAUUCUGGACAUUGGCGGUGGUUUCCAAGAUGAUUGUUUUGAGAAUGCAGCAUCAGCGAUCCGAAAUUCGAUCGGUGUUGAAUUUCCAAAAGGGGUAACGACUAUUGCAGAACCAGGGCGAUACUAUGCAUGCCAAGCAUACACGCUCAUCACCCGAGUUCUUUCUCGUCGAAGACAACUCGGCAGUGCGGCUGCUUCUGGUAUCCCAGAUAUGCUAUAUCAAAGUGAUGGGGUAUACGGAAACUUUUUGAACGUGAUCAUGGAGAAAGAGAGAAUGGUACCCCGCCUGAUUGGAGGCAAAAAGUCAUUGGGAGAGUACAGAUACUCGAUAUGGGGGCCUACGUGUGACAGUGUCGACUGUGUUGUGAAAGACGCGCGAUUUAACUCCGAGGUUAAAGUAGGGGACUGGCUGAGAUAUGACAAUAUGGGUGCAUACACCACCACAACGUCCACGCAAUUUAAUGGCUUCAAUAGCUCCCACGAAACAUUCUACGUGAGUAGUGAGACGCUGCCAGGUUACUAG